GGUGAAUGAAAGACAACAAAAAAAUCAAAACAAAAUUAUUUAUUUGAUAAUGUUAUCGUUAUUUGCAGAAUUGAAAUUUACAAUAAAUUUGUAAACCUUUGACUUUUUUAAUUGCUCUAAGUAAAAUUCAUCAUGGAAAGACGGAAAGCAAGUCACGAGCAAUUAAAUAUGCUCUUAAAUUUUCUAGAAGAAGAUAAAGAAUUGGCGGUUGGUAAAUUUACAGGCUUAGAAGGUCGAAUUAGGCAGACCAAUGCUUGGAUUAAGAUAACGGAGAGGCUAAACGCUAAUUCUGGUUUUGGCUCUGGUGCGAUAAAGACGCCUGAUAAGUGGCAGCAGACUUGGAGGGAUUGGAAGUCAAAUGUGAAAAAGAAAGCUUUUAAGAUCCGAAAGAGUCACUUUACAACCGGCUGUAAUACUAAUACCCAGCUUACAAAGGCUGAGGAGAAGAUUUUAAGAUUAAUUUGUACAAAUACUGCUGUGUUCGGUUUACCUGAAGUCCCUGAAAGUGUUGUUUCUAGCAACAUGGCUUGUGCUCAAUAUAGCAGUGUUAAUGAUGAUUUGUGCAACAUGGAAGCUACAGCAAGUAACAUGAAAUGGACAACUGAUCAAAAUUUUGCACAAGCUGAAAUGGAAAUGAGUUUACAGGAUGAUAUAAGCAAAGGCCUUAGUUCUAAUGAAAUAACAUCUGUCCUUGUGCCAGAAAAACCUCUAUGGAAACGGGGAAGACAUACAAGACUUGUUAAUGAACGAUUGAUAAAUUUAGAAGAAGAGAGAACAAAAGUAGAAAAGCAAAAGUUGCUUGAAAAGAAGCGAUGUAACAAUAUAAGACUGAAAAUAGAAAAAGAGAGAUUGGAAGUUGAAAGGCAUAGGAAUUUUUUAUUGGAGAAGUUAAUAGUAGCUGUUGAAGCUGCUGUACAUCGAUAAACAAAGUUGGCUGAAGUCAAUCUUCUUUUUGUAAAGAUUUUAAUUUUAGUCAUAAAUAUAAAAAUGUGAUAUUACCCAAUAAGCCUAAUGUUUAGGAUCAAAUAUUAAGACUGUUUAAAAUAUAAUAAAGCU